AUGACGACACCCCACGGAAAACCUCGAGCCGGUCUCGAGUGCAUGGCAACAAUGGACGACAUCACAGAGGAAGACGGCAACUACUGCGAGUUUCGAACGUUCCCGAGUCAGUCGUGGCACGCCGCGUCCUUCUGCUCGGACGUCGUCGAGCAGCUGCUGGCCACACAGUUCCACACGUUUAUGAAGAAAGUGCAAGAGACGGACUGCAAGGCCGAGCUACGGCGCCUCGUGGCCAGAGGUCCCCCCGUGUGGAUCGAAGACAAGCACGCGCUGCCUCUGCCAGAGGGGGACACACACAUUACGCACGUGUGGUUUGCCAAAGACGGCGACGAGCGCAGCGCCAAAUUGGAUGGGGCCGUCGAAGGCGAAGCGCGCGAGCGGCUGUGGCACGAGUUGAAGCAGCUCGUAGCGGCGAUGGACAAGGACGACGCGCAGGUCCGGUGA